GUGAAUCUGAAACAUGGGGUCAACAGAACACGACCUGAUGGUUCAUUGCAAUCUGAUACAUGUACUGCUUGUGCUGGCAGUUUUCUGAUGGAGUUUGCUGCUCUUAGUCGACUGACAAACAAACCAGUGUAUGAAAAGAUUGCUCACAGGGCUAUGGAGUCUAUUUGGCAACAUAGAAACAAAGUCAGUAAUCUUGUUGGCAAUGUUAUUAAUGUCAACACCGGGAGGUGGGUGAGGCAAGAUGCUGGUGUUGGAGCUGGAAUUGAUUCAUAUUAUGAAUAUUGCUUGAAAUCAUAUAUCCUGCUUGGAGAUGUGUCUUACUGGGAUAGAUUUCAAAAGCAUUAUGGUGGUAUUAUGCGCUAUAUCAAACAGGGUGCCGCUUUGGUGGAUGUUUAUCUUGGCAAUCCACAUCAACGAGCGAAGCACUUUAUGGAUGCUUUGUUAGCAUUUUGGCCUGGUCUGCAAGUGCUAACAGGUGAUGUAGAACAUGCAGUGUCAACUCAUCACAUGCUUUUUCACGUAAUGCGCCAGCAUAAAUUUAUUCCAGAGGCAUUUACAGUUGAUUUCAGAGUUCAUUGGGCUCAGCAUCCACUCCGCCCUGAAUUUAUUGAGAGUACUUACUUCUUGUACAAAGCUACCAGAGAUUCUCAUUAUCGUAAAGUAGGAGAAGAAAUAAUUGAUAGCCUUCAAAAAUAUGCUCGAGUUCCAUGUGGCUUUGCUGCUGUGCAUGAUAUUCGUACUCUUGCACACGAGGACAGAUUGGACUCGUUUGUCUUGGCUGAGACUUUCAAGUAUUUAUAUUUGCUGUACACAGACGACCAUGAGUUACCUUUUGAUAUCAAUUCAUUUCUGUUUACAACGGAAGCUCACCUGCUACCUCUUUCUUUGUCACGUUUUCAAUACACGCCUGAAGAUAUUGUUAAAGGCAGUUUCAAUGACAUGGUUGAUCAAUCAUGUGUGAAGGAUACAGCAGGUCGAAUAUGUGACAACUUGGGCAGCGCGUUUGGUGGAAUGGUUCAAGUUGCUGUUGGACUGAGGGAUGCGUUAAGUAAAUCAUUACAGAGAGAAAGAAUUACCAAGGCACACUGCCGCUCUGAGAAACCUCAGUUAAAGGAACGAUUAAAACCUGAGGAGACUGAUCUUGGCAAUGCCGAUCACAUUAAUAUCUUAGCCGAUAUGGGCGUUUUGGUUAAGGAGAUGAAGGAUGGACGAAUGCAGUUUACUCAUGAUGCUACUAGGGCUGCAAGCAAGAGACAUAGUGAGCAAGGUAUAUUGUUUAUGCAAGAGCUUGUUCAGAGAGUCAAGAUGCAGCAACAAGAAGGCACUCAGAUGCCCGUUUAUGUGGAGAUUUUGUUUCCUGCUGAAUACAAAAGGAGUUUUAUGGCUGGUCCUGCAAUUUUCGGUCCAUCUCUACUCGACGAUUCAAGUCUAAGUUUCAGGAGUGUGCAUUGUUUUACAAAAAUAUGUAUUUUGUGUUUACGUGUAGCAUGUGUUAUUGGAAACAUCAAAGUUGCAGAUCCGCCCGAAGCCUGCGGCAGUCUUGAAAAUGGUCAAACUCUUCGCGGUCACGUGGCUUUGAUCAGACGUGGUAGUUGCACGUUUAUUGAAAAGGUGAUCAAUGUGCAGUCUGUUGGUGCAGCGGCUGCUGUGAUUGUUGAUAAUAGACCGGCGGAGCCUGGGCAGUUGCCUUUUGCAAUGAGUUCUGAUGUUCCCAGUGAAGUUUCUAUUCCAUCAGUUUUUUGCCUUCAAACUGAUGGUGAUCUGUUGUGGAGUUAUGUGGUUGAGAAUGAAGUAGUGCGAGUUCGUUUGUCAGGGGAUGCCAAAGAACGUGAUGUACGUAGCUGACAGUAAAUCGUGUCGCAGAAUUGACAACCAAUGCAAUUUUGAUCACCGCCAUUUUCGUGCUACUGCAAGAUACACAAAAUUCAUCAUGUAGGUGACGGAGGGUAACUGAAUUAAUACACCCAGGUUUUGGGGUGACAUCAGUGACUUUCUAAUGUACAAACGUAACGUAUUAUGUGCUACUUAUAUUUAUUUGCGUUUUAAUAUAUGUGUCGAACUUUCUGAA